UUGAGCUUUAAAGUGUGGAAAACAAAGCAUUUUGAUAUUUUGUUUGUCUAAGAUCAAUACCUUUGUUCCUUGUUCUUAGGAAACUACAAACUGUAUAACUGUAAAAUGUUUUCUCCCUCUGCUCCAUUCCCUUCCACAAUUCUUCCUUCCUCUUCAGGUAUGAUGAUGCCUCAUGAACACGCUGUUCAUGCAGUUUCUUAUCCGUCUUCUAGUUUUGCUGCUCAGUAUUUUCCUACCUCGGUUCUUUUACAAGAGCAUCGCGAUGAGUAUAAGCCUUUACUUCAUAUGUAUAAAGAAGACAAGACAUCUCAGGUCACCUUAAAUACAAGGGUAAUGGAUAUGGCCUCAGUCUGUGAGAAAAACAAUACUGGAGAUGUUGAUCAGUCGGCACAUAACCAAAUGCGGAAGUUGCAUCUUCGGUGCCAUUUGCAGAACCUAUUGGCUUAUUCGCCGGAAGGGGAUUUUGUUUCUUCUUCUUCAACUAUGCAACCUGCUGAUGAUUUCCAAUUGGAUGCACUUGCUCUUGCUAAGCAAGCCCUAUCUGCCUCAAGACAAGCCACUGCAGUGGCUGAAGAAUUGGAAUUGAUUAAAGUUGUUGACAAUGAUGUUGAUUCAUUGCCUCUUGGUCUGGACGAUUUGUCACUUGGAAAGAACAAAAUCGUGAGGUCAAUACGGCUUAAAGAAAGGCGAUCUAAACAGAGAAAAGUGUCAAUGUCAAAAGUUUUUUAUGAAGAAAAGCACCUGACCAGAAAGUCCGAUGUACAAAGAAGGUUACGUGUAGAGAAAAAGUUAAAAGAAGGGCUUGAUGGAAACGACGCCCUGCGCUUGUUCUUACGGAGUCCUGAAACAAAGAAACUUUUGAACCUUGAAGAAGAGUCUCAAUUGUUUGUUCAGAUACAGGAAUUAUUUAAAUUGAAAGAAAAAAAGAUCGAGCUUCAAUCUCAGUUUGGGAGGGAACCAACUUUUGCCGAAUGGGCAGAUGGUGUGGGCCUUAGCUGUCGUACCCUUCAGACACAGCUUCAUUCUGGUAACAGAAGUAAAGAUAAGCUAGUUCAUGCCAAUUUACGCCUUGUAGCUCACAUUGCCAAAUAUUAUCAGGGGCGUGGUCUCGACUUUCAAGACUUAUUGCAGGCGGGAAGUGUGGGCCUUGUGAAGAGUGUCGAAAAGUUCAAACCCCUAGCUGGUUGCCGGUUCAGUAGUUAUGCUUACUUCUGGAUAAGGCAAACAAUAAGGAAGGCCUUAUUUCUCCAUUCCAAAACAAUCAGUUUGCCGGUGAACCUCUACACCCUUUUGGGAAAGGUUUCGGAAGCAAAGAAAUUGUACAUUAAAGAAGGAAAUCUUCAGCCCACCACAGAAGAAAUAGCAAAACAAGUAGGAAUUACAGUAGAUAAGUUGGAAAUGUUGCUAUUUUGUACAAGAACUCCAGUUUCGAUGGAGCAACCGGUGUGGGCAGACCAGGAUACAACAUUCCAGGAGAUUACUGCAGACUCUGCAAUUGAAAUCCCAAAUGUAUGUGUUUCAAAACAACUAAUGAGGAGUCAUGUACACAACCUCUUAAAUAUUUUGAGCCCAAAAGAAAGGAGGGUAAUCAGAUUAAGAUUUGGUAUUGAAGAUGGCUAUGAGAAAUCUCUGUUAGAAGUUGGUAAGGUGGUGGGUGUGUGUAAGGAAAGGGUCAGACAGUUAGAGAGCAAUGGGUUGAACAAGCUCAAGCAGUCCAUUGUUAGUCAACAGCUUGAUGCAUAUGUAGACAUGAUUGUAUAGUUGAUCAAUAACAUAUACAUCAAAAUUGUGCAAAUAUAUUGAUUAUAUGAUAUAUAUCAAAUUUUAGAUUAUGAAUA